AUAAUAUAUUGAUUAAAUAAAUAAUACUAGAUUUUAUUAAGUAAGUCACAUAAAAAUAAUGAAGGAAUAUGGAUAAAGAAGAAUAGGGUUUAUUGAGAUGAGUUGUUAUUAUGCAGUAACAUCAGCACUGGUUUCUCCGUUUCCAUCUCCAUCUUCAACUUCCCUUCUUUCUUUGAAUUCUGGUGAUGAUGUCGAAGUGAAACCCAAUUUUAAUCAAAAUGGAUAUAAGUGGCGCUUGCUUUUGGCUUACGAUGGAACUCGAUAUGCAGGCUGGCAAUAUCAAGAGUCUCCCCCUACUGUACAAUGCGCUGUAGAAAAAGCUUUAAUUAAAGCAACAAAGCUUCAAAGGAAGGAUCUCCAAUUGGUUGGUGCAAGCAGGACUGAUGCAGGAGUCCAUGCCUGGGGUCAGGUUGCACAUUUUAUUACACCGUUUAAUUACAACAACUUGGAUAGAAUUCACGCAGCUUUGAACGGUCUUCUUCCUAAAGAUAUCCGAGUUAGAGAGAUCAGCCCUGCAUCAUCUGAAUUCCAUGCUCGUUUUUCUGCAAAAAGUAAGAUUUAUCAUUACAAGAUUUACAGUGAUACCAUCAUGGACCCUUUCCAGCGCCAUUUUGCUUACCAUAAUAUGUAUAAACUCAAUAGCGAUGCUAUGAGAGAAGCUGCAAAAUAUUUUAUUGGGAAGCAUGAUUUCUCUGCUUUUGAAAAUGCAUCUCACAACGAUCGGGUGCCAGAUCCAGUGAAGCAUAUUUUCCGAUUCGAUGUGAAAGAAAUGGGAGCUCUUUUGCAGCUAGAAGUUGAAGGUUCGGGUUUCUUAUAUAGACAAGUCCGAAACAUGGUGGCUUUAUUGCUUCAAAUCGGGAAGGAAGCGAUCCCUCCCGACAUUGUUCCUCAUAUUUUGUCAAGUCGAGAUCGCAAGGAGCUUGCAAAAUACAGCUUUUAUCUCCCACCUCAUGGUCUUUGUCUUGUUUCUAUCAACUAUAAUGAAAGUCACCUAUUACCUCCACCAGGUUGUCCUGCAAAAAGUUUUGGUAUGCAUCAUACCAUUAGAAAAUGCAAGACUAUAUUCUAUUGAUCAUAAUUAAACUGCUGGAGCAGUGGAUCCUAAAGUAGGAAUUUAGCUUUUAGGGGUAUUUCAGAGAUGUAAUUGGGUUGAGGUUAUUUAAUUUGAUAAGUAAUAUUUGUUAAUCCAAAAAUUUAGUUCAAUGAUGACUACAUUUUACAAGCAUCAACAGUGAAAAUUCAUUUGUGAAGAGCCACUUUGACUAAA